GGCCUCGCGCUGCUUGCUCUCUCGCUCUCCCUCCCUCCCUCCCGCCCGUCGCCUCAGCGACACCGAUUCGCCCGCUCGAGGAAGCCCUCGCCCCCAACCAUGGCAGACGAAGGUAAACUCUUCAUCGGGGGCCUCAGCUUCGACACCAACGAGCAGAGCCUGGAGCAGCUCUUCGCUCCCUACGGAGAGAUAUCUGAAGUGGUGGUGGUUAAAGACCGAGAGACUCAGCGGUCCCGAGGCUUUGGUUUCAUCACCUAUCGCCGUCCUGAGGAUGCCAAGGAUGCCAUGAGAGCCAUGAAUGGAGAGUCUGUGGACGGGCGUCAGAUCCGGGUGGACCAGGCAGGAAAGUCUUCCCGCGGGUCCUCUGUGGGCAGAGGACGGGGCCGUGGCUUCACCAGAGGGGGAGGAGACAGGAGCUACGGCGGCGGCGGCGGCGGCGGCCGGUACGAUGACCGCAGCGGAGGCUACGGCAGCUCCAGAAACUACUAUGGGGGCAGAAGCCAAGGAGGCUAUGGGGACCGCUACUCCGGAGGCUCCUACAGAGACAACUACGACAACUAAGGCUGCACACCGACUAAAAAUCCUUCCUGACUCAAGAUCGUCCUUCCAAUGGCUGUAUUUAUAAAGAUUUUUGGAGCUUCGCCGAAACCUUAUUGUUUAGUACAUCUUCUUGUAUCUCCCCUUUUUGUAGUAUCUCAUACACACACACAGACACACAGACAGACACAGACACAUACAGCCUGGCAGCUUCCACCUCGACGUAGCCCCUUCAGACUUUCUCUGAGAGAGCUCCAUCUGUUCCUAGGGGUUAAAUCAUUUUGGAAAGGCAGUAUUUUGGUUCAAUUGCGAUCUUUGGCGUUGCCAUCCAGGUCUUUUUCUUUCACAGUAGUUUUGAGUCUGGGGGCUCUGACUCCCUUCUCCAUGAUCGUAGUCCUCCAGAAGCUGUACUAAAGCUGUGGUGGUUUUUUGUUUUUUUCAUGGUGAAAUCUGGGACUUUUUUUUUUCUUUUCCUUUCUUUAAACUGUUCCUUUAGUAUGGCAAGGAAGGAAUGCAGCCCAGGGGGGAUCGGAAAGGCAGACCACCUUGGUAUGACUAAAGAGAAACUGCUUGCUUGUUCAACCUGCAUUAAGCAAAAAAAAAAAAAAAAAAAAGUAUUUUUACUGUACGAUGCAAGUUGCCCAGACUAGAUUUGCAAACUUUCCAUGAGAGGUUCUUGAAAAUGUUUGUUUAUAUUGUCCUUUUUUUACUGGAAGAGAAAAGAAACGCGUAUUCCAUUGUAUUUGAAGUGGUUAAGGAACUCCUGUACUCAGUUUUCUGGCUUCACGAAGCCUAUUAAAAAGAUGAACUCUGAAACGAA